CAGCCUUGUCUUCCAACCUCCAAAACUGCGUUUUUUGUUGUUGUUUUUUUCAGUCUCAACCCUUAACGAAUCCCUUUUGUUUAACCCAUCCUUGUUUUUUUUAUCUUCUUUGUUGCUUUCAACCUGCCUCGCCUUGCUCGCUCGUCCGAGCCACAGAACACUCCCGAUCCUUACCCUGCUUGCCAGCCAGCAAUCAAUCAUUGACCCGGUUCGGGCGAUUCUAGGCCCGCUUUCCGCCGCUUCCUGAGAAGCAACUCCCACACCGUUCUGUGGUUCCCUCAGCGCCUCACAAUUACUUGACUCCUGUUCUCGCCAACAGAACACCCGGAUUUCGACUCAUUCUCUCGUACUCAAUACUUUCAAGCAUUUAAAUCACUGCUGCAAUUACAAGACGAUUGCCAUAGUGCUCUAGACGCCAGCCAUCAUGUCUACGCAGUCCAUCGCCAUUCCAUCAAGCCUGGCCGACCGCCGAGAUAGGCCUUCCAAUCCGGCGGCUCGAGUGUCGUCUUCUUCGUCUUCGUCUUACUCGAGCUCUCCAAGGACACCACAGUCGGCACAAUCGACUCCUUCACCAUCUGCCCAGAAGCAAAAGAAGCUGAUACAUGAACGACGGCCCAGCCUUCUCAGCUCGGCGAUCCUCAAAGAAGAGUGCACCGUUAUCAACAUAGGUGACCCAGAAGGUCCCCCAAGACUUAUCUCCUACACCGUCGCCAGCCAAGGAUAUAUAUGGAACCCAGAAAUCUUCCUCCCAUCGUACGUCGACCACGACUACAUUCCUCUGGACCAACGCCGCGAGCCCGUCCAUGAGAUUACCGUAACCGACGAAGAGAUCAACGCCAUUUUCCCACAAUAGACGUCUCUUCUACAUCGUCAAAAAUAUGGCGACACCAAGUGCACAUACGCUUGUAUGACGAUCAAAAUGCCUUCACACCUACGCCUUUUACGACAUAUUAUCAUACCCCCGCGGAACAUAUUAGAGCCCUUAUUUGAAAAUCCUCGCGAGAAUACCAACAAUUUUGUUUCCCCCUUUUCUCUUCUUACUACAUUUGUUUCUGUUCUCUACUAUUUCUCAUGGCGUUUCGGUGCAUGAUGGGUUGUUUUGCGGAUCCUCUCCAGUUUUCUUUUUUUAUUGAUACGUUGGCGGAAGACCACGGUGCGGCUCUGUUCUAUCGAGCAGUGACUGCCUUACCCAUCCGGUAGAUGCUAGGCGACUCAAACGAGAGCAGCACUCGGAAAAGCCAUAUCGGUAUGCAGUGGCAGGCAUGUUGCGUUUUGUGAGCUCUGUUUUUCUCCUCUGUUUGCUUUUGUUUGGGCGGCGCUUGGAUUUGGGAUUGGGACUUGAUAGGAAGAUCACCAAAUAAACUCGUGUCAGCAGCUCUGGUGCCACCAUACGCUGCAUGCCUGCCUGACGGAACCUUGGAUUGACAUGAAGCGCUCUUACGAUAGGCUGACUGACUAUCUUGCAUGUGAAUGAUUGCACACAGGCUUUCAGACAGAGCACUCUGGAAAUGUCUGUGCAGAAGCCGAAAGAGGGUUGACAGAUAGUAAGUCAGCAAGAAGUCAACCCGAUCGACAGCUAGGGCAAUUCUGACUACGACUUGAUGGCCCUGGGCGAGCUUGGUGCAAGCAUCGUUUGAUGGAAACCCAACUACCACGGUACUGGAAUUAAUAUAAUCGACAAAUGUGUAAGACAAGGCAUCCUGCACCUCAGACGUCCGAAAAGUAAAGAAAAAUUCUGACAUUUGAUAACUUGCUGACAGUGUAUUAUACAUUUUG